AGGGAAGUGGGGAAGCUGAAGUUGUUUAUCUGCUCAGUGUGGAGUUAAAUCUUCAUUAAGACACCAUGAAAACUUCAUCUGUCUCUCUGCUACUCGGUGUGUGUGUGCUGCUGCUAUCUGCACCGACUGUUUCUGCAGUCUCUCUGUAUGUCAGCCCAAACCAUCAGCAGUUCUUUAAAGGAGACCGUUAUGUCUCCCUGAGUUGUGUCGAUGAUGGUCAGACAGCUGAUGGAUGGACAGUAAAGAGGACCAGAGGAGUAUCGACUGAGGGCUGUAGUACAGCUGCAGACUUUAGAAGGUUUAAUAAUUCCUUCUGUGUUCUGGAUCUUUCUGUCUCAUCUGGUGGAAGUUUCUGGUGUGAAAACUCAUCUGGACAGAAGAGCGAUGAAGUCUCCAUCGCUGUUUCAGAAAAACAAUUGAUCCUGGAGAUCCCGGCACUUCCAGUGAACACAGGAAGUAAUGUCACUCUGCUCUGCAAACCCAGAAAUGGUUCAGCAAAAAAAUCGUAUUUCUUCAAAGAUAAAGUCAAACUUGGAGAUGGACCUGAAGGAAAAUGGAUUCUCCAUAAUGUGCAGCAGUCUGAUGAAGGACUCUACUCGUGUUCUACUCUUAUUCAUCAGUCUCCUCAAAGCAGGCUGAAGGUCAAAGAGCCUCCUCCUCCUCCUCCUCCCCCUCACACAACCAUAAUGUAUACUCCUUCACCUUCACCUUCACCCUCACCCUCGCCCUCUGGUUAUACUGAGCCUUCGGCCUCUUCCUCUCUUCGUCCUCGUUCACCCUCUGUGUCUGUACUAAGACUCUUCUUCCACCUGCUGGUUUUCUGUCCAUACUUCAUCUCUACCAUCCUGCUGCUGUUGAUCUGCUGCAGCAGGAAAUGAGGAAACAAACAUGAUGUAUCCAUGGAGAUGACCGAGGAAGAGGAUUGAAGCUGCAACAUUUUCAGUGUUUCAGUGAUUUCUUUUUGAAUCUGUUGCAUUGAUGUGUGUGGGUUUUUUUUAAAGGUUCAUGAUUACACUAAAAAAAUCGAAUAUUUGUGAAAUAUGAAAAUACUGGGCUAAUAUAAGUGUAUUUAUGUUUGUUAAAUGAUUUAUAAUUAUUGGUUGUAUGUGUA